CUAGUAAAGUCACUUUUGAUUUACAAUUUGUAAGAAUGAUUUCAAAAAUGUUUGCCGGCUAUUCAUGGAAUGAUGUGGCUGCCUAUGAGGAAGUAAAAGAAACUCAGACGGGGCUUUCUGGUCAACUUACCACCGAGAAACUUGCUGAAGAAGAAAUUCAGAAGAUCAUCUUAUUGGCCGACCAGGAGCAUGAGGCCUUGAUUCAUCAACAUCUACUGAGUGCAAUGAAGCAACGCGAAAAUGAAUAUUUGACCAAACUAAGAGAUAUGAACCCAUUACGCAAAUGCCAUGCCGAGAUGAAUCUCAAUCAUGAUAAAGAUAUUCAACUAAUACUGGGUCACAUAGCUUCGAAAGAGAAAAGUAGCGAAAAAGAUGACAAUUUCUUUGAGACCACUAUUUGAAAUCGAUAUUAAAGAAUUCAA